AUGGAAGCUAUCGUCAUAUCCAAAUUUGGCGGCCCGGAGGUCUUCGAGUAUCAACAAGUCCCCAAGCCUACACCCGCUCAAGGAGAAGUCCUCAUCCAGGUCAAAGCAUUCGGACUCAAUCAUGCCGAAAUGCACAUGCGAAAAGGUGAAUGGGAUGAAUGGAACCCCAUCACCGGACUUGAAUGCGUCGGCGUUGUCGAAUCAUGUCCAGGAAAUGAACUACCUAUAGGAAACAAAGUAGUCGCAGUCAUGGGAGGCAUGGGUCGCAACCGUCCAGGUGGAUACGGCCAAUAUGUGACCGUGCCGGUCUCGAAUGUCAGUCCUAUUGAGACAUCACUACCGUGGGAAGACCUCGCCGCACUGCCAGAGGUUUAUUCAACCGCAUAUUCCUGUAUAUUCACAAUACUUGACGUGAAGCCAAAAGAAAGGCUACUUAUAAGAGGAGCAACUUCUACAAUCGGUCAGGCCGCCGUGAAUCUCGCCGUCAAUGCAGGAGCCAGUGUCACGGCGACCACAAGGCGCAAGGAACGAUUUGAGGUGCUGAAGAAAAUGGGUGUAGAAGAAUCAAAAAUUGAACAGACACAAUUAGCAUCACAAUUCCCCGCAGAGCACACAUUCGAUAAAGUCCUGAACUUGAUCGGCAAUAGCGUCUUAUUGGAAUCGAUCAAUCUCACUCGUACCGGUGGUCGAAUGCUACAAGCUGGGUGGUUGGGUGGUCUGGCGCCGGUACCAGAUUUCAAUCCUAUGGUACAGAUGAAGUCCGGUGUUCAAUUUUGUUUGUUUCAUAGUAAAGUAUUGGGAUCCGAAGAUUUCCCUUUGUCUGCAAUACCGUUACAGGAGAUAGUGCGGAAGCUGGAGAAGGGGGCAUGGGAUGCAAAACCGACAUAUUGUUUUGAGUGGAAGGAUAUUCAGAAGGCGCAUGAGAUACUUGAUUCGCACGAUGCUGGAGGAAAGAUUGUAAUUAGACAUUAA